CGGCAUGGCGGGGCCGGUGGACUGUCACUGCCACCUGGCCGCGCCCUGCUUCCAGCCGGACGUGGCGGCCGUGGUGCGAGCGGCGGAGCAGGCGGCCGUGUCRGCGCUGGUGGUGGUGUCGGAGCAGGCGGGCGAGUUCCGGAGCGUCGUGGAGCUGUCGGAGAGAUUUCCAGGGUUUGUCCUGCCAUGCCUGGGAGUUCACCCCGUUCAAGAGGUUUCUCCGGAGGAGCAGCGCAGUGUUACUUUGAAGGAUCUGGAUGCUGCAUUGCCUCUUAUAGAAAUUUUCAAAGACAAAUUGGUGGGGAUCGGAGAAGUUGGAYUAGAUUUCACUCCCAGAUUUGCCAGUACCGAUGAACAGAAGGAAGCACAAAGACAGGUUUUGAUCAAGCAGAUUGAGUUGGCAAGAAGACUGGAUUUGCCUUUAAAUGUUCAUUCCCGCUCAGCUGGAAGACCAACCAUUAAUCUCUUGAAGGAACAAGGUGCUACCAAGGUGUUGCUCCAUGCAUUUGAUGGGAAGCCRUCUGUAGCGAUGGAAGGGGUGAAAGCUGGAUAUUAUUUCUCCAUUCCUCCUUCCAUUAUAAGGAGUGAACAGAAGCAGAAGCUUGUGAAACAGCUGCCUCUGGAAAACAUGUGCUUGGAAACCGACUCUCCUGCUCUGGGGCCUGAAAAACAGGUGAGGAAUGAACCCAAAAAUAUUUACAUUGCUGCUGAAUACAUCGCUAAAAUUAAAGGAAUUCCAGUUGCAGAAGUUAUAGAAGUGACUACACAGAAUGCACUGAAAGUAUUCCCCAAACUUCAGAACUUCCUUCGGAUAUAGAUUCAGAAACUGAAAUAUAUGAUAUUGCAGAAMGUAUUUUUUGUGGUGUAAUUAAUAAAACCAGCAUGCAUCUUGUGUUAAAGUGGAGUUUUGCUUUUGGAAAAUCCAAGAAGCAAGCAGUGUUAUAUAGCUGGAUAGUAUGAAAAUAAGGAAUUUCUCAGAGGCCUUUGGUGUGCAUUAUAUUAAUCUCCUGAAUGUUCCUGAAGGGAACAUGUUCCUUAUUUCUGCUGACUGGAAGUCACAAGUUGUGAAUCCAGUUAUGAUAAGAAAGCUCCUGGUACAACUUGCAGACUACACAUCCCUUUCUGAGCCAUUAAAAGAACCCAGAUGGAUGGACAUUCUCACAACUAUUUUGUGCUGACUGGACUCUUGAGUAGUGCAGAAGCAACAUCUCUUCAAAAUACUGUUGGAAGGAAAGAAUUACAGCCCUUCUCUCCUUUUCCCAUGUAUAAAAUAACAGUUGCUAAGAUCUUCGCUAUUUUGAGAAGGAUUUUWUUUGAUUUUWAAAAAUAUUUUAAUUUUUGAAUUGUGUUCAAAGGAAAAAGCCUGUGUUUGGUCUUAGUUCAAGGACUCACUCUUCUGACUGCUCAGUAUCAGAAGACAAGGGAUGUGAAAGGGAGACAAACUCGAUUUUGUGGUAUCUUGGAGGUGGUCUGUGGAUUCUGCUAUGGAUUCUGAAAAUUGAAUCUUAUGCUGCCUCAUGACACUUGUGAAUCUGGGCCUGUUAAAUACUGAUCAAAAAUUUAUUGAUUAUAAACCAGCAAUUGAAUGAAGUGGGUUUUACAUGACUCCCAACUGUCAUGUGCAGGUUCUCACCCUCUAUGGGGAGUUUUACCAGGUCAGUGAAGAAAAUACACAAAUAUUAACUUAGUUCAUGACAACCUUCGGGUGGUGAAGGGGCAAUGUAAGUGACGCAAGUGAUGCUCAAAGUUUUGUUUUCCUCUAYAUUGUCUGCCUCAGUUUCUUAAAACCCCAUUGUCAGGAGGGGUUUUUUUCUGCCUUUAUCAGAACAGCUUGUUCUGCUUUUUACUAGAGGUAGUUUAUUAAAUUUUAACAUAUGUUCCUUAACGGUUUUUGGCAUGGAGCCAAACAACCAAACUUGUAUAAUUUUUCUCUAUUACAACAUGUAUUUAGAGCAGCAAACACUUGGAUCUUUGCUGAGCGUUUGAUCCAGAGUAGUUUGAGCCCCUGCUUAUCCUGGAUAUCUAUGCAUAGUUUCUGCUAAAUAGAGCAAAUUACGAAGUUUGCCUGCAGAUGGUGCUAGGGAACAGGUAUGCAACAGUCUUCAGAACACUGGUGUGAUUCACUUAAUGACUAACUUUCUUGUCAUUGGMAAUGCUAAACAUAUGAUAUGAGGCAGCCUUACACGUGCUUCCUKCUGCCUACGUGUUGGAGAGGCUCCCAGUAUUGUUUUGA